CUGACUGUGGGUUGUGUGCGUGUUUUUGGGCUUACACACACGAAACAGGAAUAUCCUUCCAAAACAAAGCAUAGCAGUUCAACCUCAGGCUGCGGCACAGAGAUAACGGCAGAAAACAUUGAGGCGGUGCGUGAUGCGUUUCGGCACCAGCUCCUCAACUCUGCCGUGUCCAACUCAUGGUGUGCCGUGAACCCUUCGUUCUUAGCGCCGAAGCGGCGCCGCCCCGACACACGGUUCGGCUCCGGGCCCGUCCCGCGCGGGGGCGGGCGGGGAGCUCGGCGUCUCGCCGCCCUCUUUCCUGCCGCCGAGCUGCUGCUCUCGCCGCUGCCUCCGGCAGGAAGUUGGAGUCGGGCUGGUUUCACUCCGGCUGGGGCUGGGCUGCGUCGUUGCCUUCUCUGCGAGCCGGGACCCCGCUAUGGGGACGUAGCGGGGCGCGGAGCCAUGCGCGGGCUGGCGCUGCCCCGCGGCUCGCUGGGGACGGUUAUCUUAACAUUUGUCUGUGUGCUGAUGGAGGAAUCAGUAGGAAUUGCUCCAGUGCCAUAUAUGCUGCGACUCCGUCGGGUAACUUUGGAUGGAAGAGAUCCCUUUAACCUCUUAAGGAGAGAAAAGAGGCAGGUGCAGUGUCAGCUUGGACAAUACCGACAUCCCAAAGGGACCCACUGCUGCAUGAGGUGCCAUGCAGGUACCUACAAGUCAAAAGACUGUGAACGGCCUGAUCUGGCCCCUGUCUGUCUUCCCUGUCCUAAUGGCACAUUCACAGCUGUUGACAACAUCAUGGAAAAAUGCUUCCGGUGUACACGGUGCCGUACAGAAUUGCGGCAGAUAGAAGUGACCCCAUGCACCCUAAAGCAGGAUACCGUGUGUGGCUGUCGGAAGAAUCAAUAUCAGUUUGGCCAGGCUGAUUUCUUCCAGUGUAAGAACUGCAGUCCGUGUGUUAAUGGAAUUAUUGCUAACUGUUCAAAGGACAGAGAUGCAAUUUGCAAGUGUAAGCCUAUGUUCUUCAUGACGCUUAAUAACCUUUGCAAGCAUUGCAACAGCUGUGUUGGAGAAGAAUGCCUGCAGUGCAGUAGCCCAGUGACUACCUCACCGAAUUCAUCUCAGCCGAAUGGGAACCUUGUUCUUGGCAUCAUUGUGGCGAUAUUUGUGGUUAUCUGUGUCGUCUACAUUGUAAAUAAAGCAGUGAAGAUGGUUCAGAAAAAUGGGAUAGCCUCUCCUUUCUACUUGUGUGUAUCUUUGCCAGAGACAAGCAAGGAGCCAGUAUCUGAGGUUGAGGCGAAAGGGAGUGCAAUUACUGUCCUUCCCGAGAUCCAAAAAGAAAAAGAACUGCUAGUGAAUGCAGCACCACCAUCUGCACCUCUGCUACAAAGUUCACAUGAGCUGCCAGACUGCAUCAGAACUGCCAGGAAGAGGCAGCUUCCAGACAAUCCUGCUGUUCUCUACACUGUAGUGGAUCACGUACCGCCGUCUCGAUGGAAAGAGUUUAUGAGGCGUCUGGGUUUGACUGACUAUGAUCUGGAGCGAAUUGAGAUGGAGCAUCGACGUUUACGAGAGGCCCAGUAUGAAAUGGUCAGACUCUGGAAACUGCAGAUGGGCCACGCUGCAACUGUGGAGCACAUCAGCUGCGUUCUCAACCAAAUGGAGCUGAGUGGCUGCAGUGAAGCUAUUCAAGAGGCUUUGCUAAACCAGAACUCUCAUCAACCUUGCAGUUUCCACAGCCAUCUUUGAUCUUUCCCCUUGCUGUGAUUGGUGAGAGAGGAUCGUAACUCCAUUUCUUGUCUUCCUUUUCCCAUUCCUUCCUACCUUUCUAACCCUCCUUAAGGGGGUUUAUAGCAGCAGAGUAUCCUGGAGGUUUGAUUCAUAACCGCCGUGUUAGUUCAACUCCUUUUAAGCCAAGAGAAACCUCUUCAACAACUCCUUUCCCGAAGAGGGAAAGCACCUCAUAAAGGAAGUGAUCUGUGGACUCUGAUCGAGAUGAAAACAGGAGCUCAGAGUGACGUGAUAGCUCAGCUACUCUGCAGACAAGCGGUUGCUGAAGCAGGUGCUUUGCUCACCAUGUGACAGGCUAACUGGUAGGGUGACUUGGUUGAACUGGCAGUUCAAAUGCUAAAAUACUUGCUCACUUUUUGCAGAUCUAAUUUUCUGCAAUAUCGGAUACUUAAACCGGCUCACAUUGCAGCCAUUUGAUUGCGAAAUCUGACUCGAGGGAAGCUGUGAGAGGACAUGCCCACAACCAGCACGUUACUUCUGGGAGCAGCAGAGAAUCGCUCCCUUUUGAUAUCAGCAAGUUAUCAAAGUGCUGCACCUUCAGCCCUCUUCCUAUGGCAGAAAUGGCAGAGAUUCAGAAGGGGUGGCUCAGGGAGAAACAGGAGGGCAUUAUCCUUUCCACGCUCCCAUUUCUCUCUGGUUCAUUAGGAACAAGGAUUCUGAGCCAGCGGGUCAGAUGAAAGGGUUGGUGCUUUUUCUAAAGUUUCUUUUGCGUGUAGAAACCGUGUAAGACAGCAUUAACAAAACACACGCCUGUAUGUUUGUCCUAGUGCAGAGUGGAAAAGAAUGCACGUGUCUGGGUGGGUGAGGAGGUACCUUUGUACCUGGCAGUGAGUGUCCCUGCAAAUCCGUGCUUGCACACAGGUUGGUAGGCUUGUGUCUGCUUGCCUGUCUCUCCCUGAAUAAUGAUUCACUGAAUCUGACGUAGCUGCAAAUGGGACUGCGUAUACGUUCAUUAAUAUGAGUCAUUUGUUAGCAGCUGUUGGAUAACUUCACACUACUUUCUGGACUCCAUUGUGUAUGUGCUACUUCGGUGUAAGAACCAUCUGAUUCCAUCUACAAGCUCACACCGGGGUUUUCUCACGGCUGUUACCCUGAGUGAAGCAGAAGUAGCAAAAAGCAAUUAGCCUGCAUCAGGUGCAGGUCCACAUGUUUGUGAAUGUGGAUUUUGUUUUAGAAUCUGUCAUCCUUUGACUAGAGAGAACCUUUCUACUGUAAAUACACUAAGUGCUCCAAAUUAAAGUUCAUAUUUUU